UUUUUUGAAGAGAUGCCGCCACCUUGCUGUUCGUGGCCGUGUUUGCUUGGUUCCCCCACCAGCUAACUAAACCAAGACAUUAAUGCCCGGACCAGACCUCCUCUCCCCAUCCCUACCCCAGCAUCGUAGCAGCAGCCAAGAAAUCUUGGCGCAAUCGUUUGGGGGAACACGGCGGAGCUCCUCGUCUCCAAAUCCCUACACUCCUUGAGCUGUUCAUCUGCAGAAUCAUCCUUGCUCCUCUUCAGGUUCAUCGGAAGAAUCAAGGUAGCACGAAGAGUACUCUCCAAUCUCGUGCAAAUUCAUUCCAGUCCAGCUAACCGAAGCCCCGGCUUCUGAACCUCAUUACGGGCGGCAGAUGGAGACGGAGCCCGUGAGCGCGGCCACGGGGGCCACGGGCUCCGUCCUCAGGAAGCUGGGCGCUCUGCUGGCCGGCGACCACGCGGUUCCCAAUGGCGACGACGUCGAGUCCCUCAUGGCGGAGCUCCAGGGGGUGCACGCCUCCCUCAAGGCAACAUCCCGGGCGGAGGAUCCCGGCGAGCGAGGCAGGCGCUGGAUGAAGGAGGCGCGGGAGCUCUCGUACGACGUGGAGGACGCCCUAGACGAGUUCAUGCUCCCUCCCCGCGACGGAUCUGGUACUGGUGAUACUACCUCAGACGGCUUCUCUGAAAAGAUCGGCGCCUGGUUGAGGGAGGCGGCGGCUCGCCGUCGGACAGGCCAAGAGAUCACCGACAGCAUCUCCAGGGCCGGCGGCGUCGAGGCGGAGGAUCCCCGGGACUGCUCUCUCUACAAGGAGAUGCGUGAGCCCGUGGGCCUCGACGGGCCCGCUGCUGAACUCGUCAGAAUGGUGGACGGGGGAGGGAAGCAGUUGGAGGUGGUUUCCAUCGUCGGGUGUGGCGGGCUGGGCAAGACCACUCUUGCUCGUCGUGUCUACGACACACUGGGUGAGCAGUUUGAGUGCCGGGCUUUCGUCUCCGUCUCCCGGAAACCUCAUGUGGUGGCAAUUUUGAGGGAUAUUCUCAGCCAACUGGGGUGUGAGUAUGAUCAAACCUUAACUGGGGAUGCGCAAUCGCUCGUCGACAGCGUCUCUAAUUUCCUUAAGGAUAAAAGGUACUUGAUCAUAGUAGAUGAUGUAUGGGAUGUUCAAACAUGGGAUAUUAUUAAGGGUGCCUUUCCAAACAGCAAUUCUGGCAGCAGAAUAAUCACAACAACGCGUAUACAUGAAGUAGCCAAAUCAUGCAGUGCUUCAUGUGGUGGUCGAGUUUAUACGUUAAGCCUUCUCAGUACCGUGGACUCGGAAAGGUUGUUUUUCAAGAUGGUGUUUAAUUCCGGUGAGCACUGCCCGUCCCACCUCAAAAGAGUUUCUGACAAAAUCUUGCAGAAAUGUGGUGGUCUGCCCCUGGCAAUUAUUGCUAUAUCCGGCUUGCUGGUUGCCAACACGCAUGAAGAUCAAUGGGAGCAAGUGUACAGCUCUAUCAGGCAUGGACUCGGAAGCAACCCUGCUGUUGAAAGAACCAUGAGGAUUUUGUUGCUUGGCUACUUUGAUCUUACCCCUUGCCUAAAAUCUUGCCUGCUUUAUCUCAGUGUAUUCCCGGAAGGUUAUGCUAUCAAGAAGGAACGUCUGGUAUUGAGAUGGAUUGCCGAGGGGUUCAUUCCUGAAGAGCAUGGGCACACCCUAUAUGAGUCAGGAGAGAGGUGUUUUAACGAGCUCAUCAACCGGAACCUGAUCCAAUCAGGGGAGAUAAAUAAGUUUGGUGAGGUGGAAACCUGUCGAGUCCAUGGCAUAAUUCUUGAUUUCCUCGUAUCCAUGGCAAACCAAGACAAUUUUGUUACUUUCAUUGGUGUACCUGGUGCAAAUCCUGAGCCACAAAACAAAGCCCGUCGAUUGUCCCUACAGGGUGACAGUGAAAUUCCAGCAUAUCUUAUUUUGUGUAAUGCCCGGUCACUUUCUGUUUUUGGUGGUUGUGUUAAAAUGCCAUCCCUCUCGAAGUUCAGACACUUGCAUAUUUUCGACAUGGAAGGUUCUGGGGAAGUAGAAGAUCAACAUCUUGCAGAAAUAGGUGGUCUGGUCCAUCUUAAGUACCUGAGGCUCAAGUCAAAAAUUGGGAAGCUUCCCCAACAAAUAGCAGAGUUACAGUACUUGGAGUCACUUGAGAUAUGCGAAAGCAAUGCGACAACCGAAAUUCCAUCAGCCAUCAAUCAACUCACACAAUUGGUACGUCUAGUUGUUAACGAUGAAACUGUAUUACCGGAUGAAAUUGGUGGCCUCAAAGCAUUGCAAGUGUUGAGAGGUAUCAAUGUCAACACCCAGUCCACCAACUUUGUUCGGCAACUCUGUCUACUAUCAAACCUGAUGGAGCUAAGCAUAAGUUUUAUCAACUAUUAUGCUGGUGAUAACUGGAAGGAGAACCAGGAAGAGAUGGUCAAUUCGAUAUGUCGGCUAGGCGGAGCAAACCUUCAUGUUCUACACAUUACUAUCAACGAGGGAGCAGAUGAGAUCUUCGAGGAGUCAUGGAGCCCUGCUCCACUUAGUCUCCGGGAACUUGUCGUCGAGGUGGGCAUUGUCUCGAGUGUUCCAAGAUGGAUUGGCUCACUUGUCAACCUCCAGAAAUUGGUGGUACCUAUGUGGGAAGUUGGGGAGGAGGACCUGGUGAUCCUGGGAAGCCUACCUGAUCUGCGCCAUCUUAGCCUCACUGCACUGGCAGCUGGGUCAAAAGAAGGGCGGCUUAGGGUCACCCAAAGCCAUGGGUUCCCUUCAUUGAUCAAUUUCCAGAUCGGCGGAGAAGAGUGUGCGCUUGGGUUGGUUUUUGAAGCUGGUUCCAUGCCAAAGCUACAACAUCUUGAGCUCGAGUUCGACGUGGAGGAAACUAGUUCUGUGACUGAUGGUGGUUUUGAUUUUGGCAUCAAGCAUCUCUCCUGCCUCACAAGCACAACGGUCCGCUCUACUUACGACGAAUCCAUUCGUCCCACGCUGGAGGCUGCCAUGGAGAGAUGCAUCUACGACCAUCCCAACCGUCCCACGUUGAUAUGGAUGAAAUGAAUAUUUGGCAAAAUUCAAGCAGGCUGGUAGAAGCUGCAGCUGCUCACAGUUAGCAUGAGCAACAAGAUGGGUGAACAUGGUAAUAGGGUGACACUGAAAAGCCAAGGGCACAGCAAUAACCGGACGGAAGUUCUUGUUACAUCAGUUAGUGGUAUUCUACCUAUCCAAAAGUUUAUUUCAAGAAAACUGUUUUCUUGAAAUGUUUCUAGACAUGGGCAAUCAGCGUGGUGUACCUCAUGGCUGAUGGUCAUCAUUUUCAUUGUGUUCCUUCGUUGUUUGUUAAAGUGAGCAAGUGACAUUGUAAAACUUUCUUAAGUGCUCCCUCCAUCUAAAAUAAGUGACACUUAUUUUGAGACGGAGGGAGUACGUAGUUACAUCAACAUCUUCUUUGCGGGGAAGCCGAUUCGCUCUGGAGCCACUCCCCCGGCCAGCGAGGACGAGGAGGCUCUCCGCGAUGCCAUCCACCGACUUGAACUAGCAGUCCGAUGGCAUGCAUGAUAAGGUACCAUAUGCUAUGUCAUGUAUGAACUAUGUGCUAUGUGUUAUAUGAACUAUGAAGUACGUCGUUUGAUCUA